GCGGGGCGCCGGCGGUGGGCGCGGCGUCCCGGUGGCGCUCGCCACUCGGGCGGUGGCGCGGGCGCCCGGGGCAGACACUAGGGUGAUCCGGAGGCGCGGCCCGGGAAAUAGGCGGACAGCGGGGCUGAGGCUGAGGCUGAGGUUGGGGCAGUGUGCACGCGAGGCCGCCGUGCCUUGCACUCGUGUGGCGGCUGCGGGGCGCGCUGCCCAUCGCCAUGUACACCUUCGUGGUGCGCGACGAGAAUAGCAGCGUCUACGCCGAGGUCUCCCGGCUGUUGCUGGCCACCGGAUACUGGAAGAGGCUGCGGCGGGACAAUCCCAGGUUCAACUUGAUGCUGGGGGAGAGGAACCGACUGCCCUUCGGGAGACUAGGUCACGAGCCUGGGCUGGCACAGCUGGUGAAUUACUACAGGGGGGCGGACAAACUGUGCCGCAAAGCUUCUUUAGUAAAGCUAGUCAAGACCAGUCCGGAGCUGUCUGAGUCCUGCUCGUGGUUCCCCGAGUCCUAUGUGAUUUAUCCAACUAACCUCAAGACGCCAGUUGCUCCGGCGCAGAAUGGCAUCCAGCUUCCCGUCAGUAACUCCAGGACAGAUGAGAGAGAAUUCUUCUUGGCUUCUUAUAAUAGAAAGAAAGAGGACGGAGAGGGCAACGUUUGGAUUGCAAAGUCAUCAGCUGGUGCCAAAGGCGAAGGCAUCCUCAUUUCCUCAGAGGCGUCGGAGCUCCUGGAUUUCAUAGACAACCAGGGCCAAGUGCACGUGAUCCAGAAAUACCUCGAGCACCCUCUGCUCCUCGAGCCCGGGCACCGAAAGUUUGAUAUUCGAAGCUGGGUCCUGGUUGACCAUCAGUAUAACAUCUACCUCUAUAGAGAAGGUGUGCUGCGAACUGCUUCAGAACCAUAUCAUGUUGAUAAUUUCCAAGAUAAGACCUGCCAUCUGACCAAUCACUGCAUUCAGAAAGAGUACUCAAAGAACUAUGGGAAAUACGAAGAAGGGAACGAAAUGUUCUUCGAAGAGUUCAAUCAGUACCUAACAAGCGCUCUGAACAUUACCUUAGAAAGUAGCAUUUUGCUGCAGAUCAAACACAUAAUACGGAGCUGCCUCAUGAGUGUGGAGCCCGCCAUCAGCACCAAGCACCUCCCUUACCAGAGCUUCCAGCUCCUGGGCUUUGACUUCAUGGUGGAUGAGGAGCUGAAGGUCUGGCUUAUUGAAGUCAACGGCGCCCCAGCGUGUGCCCAGAAACUCUAUGCAGAACUGUGCCAGGGCAUCGUGGACAUAGCCAUAUCCAGUGUCUUCCCACCCCCGGACACGGAGCAGGUGCCGCAGCAGCCGGCUGCGUUCAUCAAGCUGUGAAGCACCGGAAGGUACAGAGCCACCUUGGAAAAUAUGUGGGGUCCUGCUCCAGAGGAAUGAGAGAUGACUGGACUGCUCCUUAUCAAGGCAUGCCGGGGAACAGAUGUGCAGGAAGAGUGUAUGAAGAGGAGGCGGCUGUGGAAGAGCAGCUGAGCUGCCCACAGUGCUGUGGAGACCUUAGGAAGCUGACGCAAGCGACUGAGAGGGGGAGCAGAACACUUCUCUAAAGCGUUCCCUGGCUGGGACCAGGGAUUUGUUAUGGUGUGAUCCGAUCCCUUGAGCGGUUUCUGGCCUCGGGUGGUACUGGGAACAGAGCUCCUUCUCCCUGGGAGGCCGUCCAGUGGCCCCUGAGGGGGGUCUUCCCACCUGCUGCAGCUUUAGUGCCUUAGUCUCUGCCCGGUGCAGCCGCCUCACUGGACACAGACUGGACCUUAGAGCAUUUUAGAUGUUGCCACAUGUUCCCUGCACAUUCCUUCCGCAACACUAUGUCCCCGCUGAACUCUGGACAAGCAUGCAGCACAGUCUGUGCUGUGCCCUGGCCUGUCAGUGAAGGCCUCUUGCUUGUUUCCAUCCUGGUAGGCUAUGAGUGAGCACCUCCCAGGGGUCCUGUGGACAUCAAACAGUGUUUGCUGCUCACUGCAUGUUUUAGAAACAACAGCAGCAGGCCUGAUAAUCUGCAAGCAUCAAAUGAGCAUGAGAGAGAGAAAAACAAACAACAAAACCA